GCAAAUGGGUGGACGCCAGCAAGGUCACGUUCAUUUUCAGCUGAUCUAGAAACCAAAGAGUAUCUGUUGCAGCUAGAGGAAGCAACAACAAUCGAUGCACAAGCUGAUAUUCUGCACUUCCUUUACAACACUAAGUAAGAUUUGGCAGCCCUUUGUGUCCGUACUAAUUUCCGUACGUUUUUUAUGGUGUUAAUGGAAGAAAUGUGUUUAACAAUGGAAGCGUUUUGUCCCUAGUGUUCAUUUCCUUAACUCGAAUUACUUUAUGUUUAAUAAUCAGUGCCUGAUUGUCGGCACUUAUCUCCGUACUUUUUUUAUUGUGUUAAGGGAAGAAAUUUGUUAAAAAAUGGUAGCGUUUUGUCCUUAAAAUUCAUUUCCUUAACUCACAUGCCGUUGUGUUUAAAUUACAAAGUGCCUUAUUAAGAAAGACGAAAGUCAAUGCUGACACUGUUAGGACUGAAAGAGUGAAGCAUUUCCCUCUUGUGAAAAAAUGGUCAGUCGCCUUUUCGUUUUCGUUCCUCCGAAAUCGCUGGCCCAUCCCACCCUAUAGCUGAACCGCCGUAUUGACUUAUUUUAGUUAGUGUAAUCUCCAGAUAGAACUAAGACCACUCUAGGUACAAGGAGAUAGAGGGGUGUAGGGUGUUGCUGAAUGCGAGUUAGACCCUCUUAUGGCCGUCACGGAAGUAACAAAUGUUAACAGUCACUGGUUCAGAACUAUGUAUAUAUUGCUUGUGUCCUGCUCUAGGGGUCCUGAUUUUGACACUGAACUAUUUGGAGAAAAGGGAGUCACUGUUCAGAAACUUCUGGAAGAACUUUAUGAAAAGGUGAGUCUGCAUAAUGAACUUGCGUUUAGUAACCCGCCUACAAGCGCGCCAUUCAGCAGAACCGAUUAGAGACCAGUAUAGAUUUAACGUGAACGUUUUCUGUUAGACAUUUUUAAUGUGAAACUACAUUGCCUGUACUUAAAUUUUUCUAACCUACUUAUUCUCGUUUGAUUUGUAGGCCUGUCAGAUUAGAUUAUGGUCGCUAGUCAGGCACACUGCAGGUCUGUUGCGAAAAAGGGUGGAAGAUCUCGCUGAGGUAAUAUACCAAGUCAAAAGUGUUUAUAUAAUAUACAACUAUCCGUUGAAGGGGAGGUAUAAAGCUAUUUCAAAAAAGGUUGUCACAGCAAAUGGCGAACGGCGAAUGUCGAAAGGAGGUUGCACGACCGAAAGGAACUAUGGUUACGUUAUUUGAUAGGCAAAAUUUCAUAUGUUGCGUUCACCUGACGUGAAAAUGAAUACACCAAUGAUCAACGUUUGUUUGUCACUAUGCACUGACCCUGAAGGGGAUAGUUGCUUCAGUACUUACAAAUCAUUUGGAUGAAAAAGAAAUAGCAAUUUCUGUAAUUGUACGACGUUACUUAGUAGGAACUUUCUUUAAGUUUUAAUUGGCAGUGUUUCGGGGAUAUGUCGGGUGCAUUUUCACGAUUUUGUUGUAAAUUCAGUAAGAAAAUAAUUUUUUAACCCAGUGCCAGUGAACAUCGCCAAACCAAAUUUGGUAUUGUUAUUUGUUGGUAUAGCUGCUUCAUUUGUCGCUAAAAUGUCGUCGUCCGAAACUGUCGCGAAACGGGAAGCCAUAUUGAUGCCCGUGCCAAAACAGUGAAUAGCCAAGGAUAUUCCAAGUUUUACCGCAGCAGAUCAAAACGCGCGAAAAUUGCUAUCCACUGAUUUGGUAAAUACUAAUGAAAAAUUUUAUUCAUCGUGAUUUCUGUUAGCCUGGGACCUGGCUCCGCAGUGCGAGGAAAGGUCAAAUAAGGAAAAUAAAUAUCGGCGAGCGAAGCGAGUCGAGCGGUGGAUUGGGGAGGGGGAAAGGGCGGCGGAGCCUGGAGACAUGCAUGCCUUUGAUGAUUGGUCAAAUGUCUUCAUGUUGACAGAUUCGCGGUGCUGUUGACAGUAUCGCGCUCUUUCAGUGUCACGCUCCUGCAAUUCGGGAAAAGAUUUUUGAAAACACGGAUUUCGAGCAAGCAACUGACAAAUUUCUUUGCGAGACUUGCGGGGACCGUUUUUGAGAACCAGCGGGUUUGAUCCCCGUAAACGUCGUUUACGUAUGGGCGGAAGGCUAAAACGAAUCGUUAAUGCCUUGUGUGGCAGAUUUUCGUCAAAAUAACUGCUAUUCUGCGACACUAAGAUACACACCUUGGAUUUUGUCUUACAUCAUACACAUUCAAUUUCCGAAAAUAAUUAUAUUUUUUCUUGAACAGGCUGCGACGGAUCUUUUAGUUCAUCAAAAGCAGUUGACAGUUGGUAUUCCCCAAGGAGGACAUGAAGAGGUUAUAACGAGGUUAGUAGAUUGUCAGGCUAUGCAGAAUCGAGUCCGCAUACAGAGCUGCGAGCAAAAUUUGCUCAUAUGCGAUUGAAUCCUACCUGCGUCGGACUUGGUGACUUUGAAGCGGAAGAUUUGUGAAAUAAUUUUAAAAUGUCAACGGUUGUCCGUCUAAGCUGACUUGGUAAAACGUAUGCUU